GCAAGAUAUCUAGAUAUUAUUAUUGAUCAACAUGGGGAAGGAAACGAAAUCCAGCACAUAUGAAGAUAACAUUCCUCGAGGCUCGAACCAGCAAUGUUUCAUGGCAAUGGCAAAUAGUGAAGAACGAAUCUACUAAGAAGCCUGGUUCGAGCAUAGACUAUAUAGAGUGCCAUACACAGGGAUUCCGUCUGCUUCAGAGGAUGGGGCGGACUAUGCUGCUCGUAUCAGACUUCAUUUUGUCAUUCAUGUGGGUAUGCUCAGGGGUUCUGAUUAAGCUGGUGGCAAACAAAUAUCUGGGAUUGAGUCGUGAGCCACUCCGUGAGAUCGUGAAGAUUGCGAUCGUCAUUGCUAACAUGUUCUUCUUUGCGUUUCUCCUAAUCAUUACCCGUGGGGGCGCCUACAAUCCACUCACUGUUUUGGCUAAUGCUGUUUCGGGGGAUUUAAGCAAAUUCCUUUACUGCGUUGCUGUUAGAAUUCCUGUUCAGGUGAUUGGAUCUAUUAUGGGGGUCAAGCUUAUGAUUGAUACCUUUCCGGAAGUAGGACGGGGACCACGUUUGAAUAUCGACAUUCAUCGAGGUGCUCUGAUAGAAGGAAUCCUAACAUUUACAGUUGUUACCAUAUCACUUCGGCUUGGCACAAAAAUCCCUGAAGGUUUCUUCAUGAAGACCUGGAUCUCCAGUGUCUGCAAGCUAGCACUUCACAUAUUUGGUUCUGAUCUAACUGGUGGUUGUAUGAAUCCAGCCUCUGUAAUGGGGUGGGCUUAUGCUCGCGGGGAUCACGUAACCAAGGAACACUUCGUUGUAUACUGGAUUGCCCCUAUGGAGGCCACUGUACUGGCAGUAUGGACCUUCAAAUUGUUAGUACGGCCUGUAAAAGAAGACAAAUCAAGCGCAAAACAUAAAUUACAGUGAUGGAUAGCCGGUGAUGUAACAUAAAGCUAUGCUCACCUGACGAAGUAAAAGAAACGAAAAGCAAGGGGGAUUAAAAUUUAAAAUUAAAAUGAACUCGAGAGAGAUUGGAUUAGAACUUAGAAGGGAGUCUAAGGUGAAGUGAUGUGAAAGGAAUAUAGCAAAAAGAAUGAUACAAGGGAAAAGGAGGGAAUAGGUGUCACUUGUUCCCAGAGCAAGCUUGAAGAGACAAGGCUGAUACAGUUAAUAUCAGGGCGAUCUACAUUAUAGCGAGUGAGAACAAUUGCGUCAUUAAUUUUCUUUCUUAAUGCUCUGGAUUUGAUGCGUAAUUUCCCACCAAUAUUUGACAAUAUCCAUUCUUUAAUGAUGCACCCAUUCUUA